CAUAGAGAAAUUUAGGUUGGAAGGGACCCCUGGUGGUCAUCUGGUCCAACCUCCUGCUCAAACCAUGUUAGACUAGAUCAGGUGCACAAUGUCUGCCCUGAGGCUGAUCUCUAACAGAACCUCCCAGCAGGCCUUGUCUAACUCUGAUUACACCUGGGACUACGAGUACUAUGAGUAUGGACCAGUGUCGUUCGAAGGUCUGAAGGCUCAUAAGUAUUCCAUUGUGAUUGGAUUUUGGGUUGGUCUUGCAGUUUUUGUCAUCUUCAUGUUUUUUGUCCUGACCCUGCUGACGAAGACAGGAGCACCACAUCAAGACAAUGCAGAGCUUCCUGAAAAAAGAUUUCACAUGAACAGCUUUGUGGCAGAUUUUGGAAGACCUUUGGAGUCUGAGAGGGUCUUUUCUCACCAAAUGGCUGAAGAAUCCCAGUCACUUUUCCAUUUCUGCAUUAAUGAAGUGGACCAUAUGAACAAAGAAAAAGCGAGUCAGAAAUGUCCAAGUCUGGAGAGUAAUGCCCACUUCCAGGAGGUUCCCAAGAGCAGUGGAAUGUUUGAGGAAGACCUACAUUGUCUUACAAAAUUUAACAUCCCUAACUUUGUGAACACUGAGCAGAACUCUUCAUUAGGUGAGGAUGAUCUCCUCAUCUCAGAGCCACCAAUCCUUUUAUAA